UAUAAGUAAAAUGUCUAGACUACAGAUUGUGAGACAUUCACAGGAUUAUAAUUUCGAGACCAAAUAGCCCUAUACAACUCUGUAGCCAUUACUACCAAGGACACUGGUGGAGCCAGCCCCAAACCAAGUAACUAUGGUAACAAAGCCAGCCAAGGUACCGCUAGUCGUGGUCAAGGUACCACUAGUCGUGGUCAAGGUACUGAUAGUCAUGGUCAAGGUACACUAGUCGUGGUCAAGGUACUGAUAGUGUUGGUCAAGGUACCACUAGUUGUGGCCAUACUACCGCUAAUCGUGGUCGAGGUACUGAUAGUCGUGGUCAAGUUACUGAUAGUCAUGGUCAAGGUAUCGUUAGCCGUGGUCAAGGUACUGAUAGUCAUGGUCAAGGUACUGAUAGUCGUGGUCAAGUUACUGAUAGUCAUGGUCAAGGUACUGAUAGUCGUGGUCAAUGUACCUAUAGUUGUGGUCAAGGUACUGAUAGUCGUGGUCAAGGUACUGCUAGUCAUGGUCCAGGUUCCGCUAGUUGUGGUCAAGUUACUGAUAGUCGUGGUCAAGGUACCGCAAGUUGUGGUCAAGUUACUGAUAGUUGUGGUCAAGGUACCGCAAGUUGUGGUCAAGUUACUGUUAGUCGUGGUCCAGGUACCCCUAAUUGUGGUCAAGUUACUGAUAGUCAUGGUCAAGGUACUAAUUGUUGUGGUCCAGGUACCGCUAGUCAUGGUCAAGGUACUAAUAGUCGUGGUCCAGGAACCGCUAGUCAUGGUCCAGGUAUCCCUAGUUGAGGUCCAGGUACCGCUAGUCGUGGUCAAGGUACCGCUAGUCGUGGUCAAGGUACCGCUAGUCAUGGUCCAGGUACCGCUAGUUGUGGUUAAGGAACUGCUAGUUGAGGUCCAGAUACCGCUAGUCGUGGUCAAUGUUCCACUAGUCAUAGUCAAGGUACCGCUAGUCAUGCUCCAGGUACUGAUAGUCUUGGUCCAGGUACUGCUAGUCAUGGUCCAGGUACCGCUAGUUGUGGUUAAGGAACUGCUAGUUGAGGUCCAGAUACCGCUAGUCGUGGUCAAUGUUCCACUAGUCAUGGUCAAGGUACCGCUAGUCAUGGUCAAGGUACUGAUAGUCGUGGUUAAGGUACUGCUAGUUGAUGUCCAGGUACCACAAGUCAUGGUCCAGGUACCGCUAGUUGUGGUCCAGGUACCGCUAGUCGUGGUUAAGGUACUGCUUGUCAUGGUCCAGGUACCGCUAGUCAUGGUCAAGGUACUGAUAGUAGCGGUUAAGGAACUGCUAGUUGUGGUCCAGGUACCGCUAGUCGUGGUCAAUGUGCUGAUAGUCGUGUUCCAGGUACCACUAGUUGUGGUCAAGGUUCCACUGGUCAAGGUACUGAUAGUCGUGGUCUAGAUACCGCUUGUCGUGGUCAAGGUUCCGCUAGUGAUGGUCAAGGUACUGAUAGUCGUGGUCUAGUUACCGCUAGUCGUGGUUAAGGUACUGCUAGUUGAGGUCCAGGGCCCCCCUGUAUAAAACAUCUCAACUCUUGAGAUUUUCCUUAACUUUGAGAUGUUUUAUACAAGACGGCCCUGGUACCGCAUGUUAUGGUCCAGGUACUGUUAGUUGUGGUCGAGGUACCGUUAGUUGUGGUCCAGGUACUGUUAGUCAUGGUCCAGGUACGCUAGUCAUGGUCCAGGUACUGUUAGUUGUGGUCCAGGUACAGCUAGUCAUGGUCAAUGUACCAUUAGUUGUGGUCCAGGUACCGCUAGUCAUGGUCCAGGUACUGUUAGUUGUGGUCCAGGUACCGCUAGUCAUGGUCAAUGUACCAUUAGUUGUGGUCAAGGUACAGCUAGUCAUGGUCAAGGUACUGUUAGUUGUGGUCCAGGUACAGCUAGUCAUGGUCAAGGUACUGUUAGUCGUGGUCCAGGUACCGCUAGUCAUGGUCAAGGUACUGUUAGUUGUGGUACAGGUACCGCUAGUCAUGGUCAAGGUACUGUUAGUUGUGGUCCAGGUACCGCUAGUCAUGGUCAAUGUACCGUUAGUUGUGGUCCAGGAACCGCUAGUCAUGGCGGCAUGUCCACACAUGCUAUAUAUAAAUCAUUGUGGUUAUUAAUAAGGGGUUUUGUGAGACAUAGAAAGUUUUAUAUCAUUUUCUUUUGGACAAAACACCACGUUUUUUUCACUCGCUUUCAUUCUAUUUUGUGAAAUUUAAAAUGUCAACGCUUAAGUGACACUGCGCAGCUGUUUACUUUAUUUGAUGCCAAUUUUUUUUAAUUUUUCAUACUCGUUUUUGUUUUUUACAUUGCUUCUUCUGUUUAAUUUGUAUAUAGUACUCUAGGUCUAGGUAGUUUGUUUCCUACCUUUUGUUUGUAUAUGUGAAAUUUAACAAUUACUAGUAGUAGUAUUGUAUUAAGACAGGUUAAUUCAUGUCUGUCUGAUCCUUUGCCUAAGAUUCUGUCACUAUUUUGAAGAAGUAUUGUUUUAUUUGUUUUUGUUUGUAACCACAUUUUAAUUUCAUUCCAAUAGCUGCCCACUAUUCUACAUUCACAAAACAUGUGUAAUAUAGUUUCUACAUAAUCUAUUACAAAAUGUACAGAGUGGGGUCAGUCUUUUACCUUUAUCCUAUGAAGAUAUCUUUUUGAGCUUAUAAUUCUGUGAAUGUGCAAUCUAACGUAUAUUUGAAAGAAAUUACAUUAAUGUUUU